GCACUGGCAUUUGUGACAUGACAUUGGCAAUAUCGCCAAACUGUUUUCGUGUUACGACUCGAUUUUUGUGGAUUUCGAAUUUAUAUUUUACAGCACCUUUUUAUUAUAAUAUUGGUUAAGACUAAUUUACAGUUUACUCUAUCGGAUACACUUAUAAUGGCAUUAUCAGUAUUUCUUCGUGCGCCAGCAUGCAGCAGCCGAAUUUUUUCACAGCACAUCAUGAGGCUAUCAACUCAGCAAGCGUUGAAACCAGCAGUGACCCAAGGAAUAACACCAAGUAUCUUGUCUCUGCAGAAUUCACUUCUUAAACCUGAUGGUGGAAUUUUGAAUGCGGUAAGGCAAUUCAAGACGUCGCCAGCCCUCCUAUCGGAGGAAAAGGCCCACGAUCACUCCAAAUUGUGGGUCAUUGAGAAAGUGACGUCUGCAGCACUUGUUCCCCUCAUCCCCAUAUGCCUGAUAAUGCCAAAUAAGAUUUUCGACUCGGUAUUAGCUAUUCUCAUAACGGCCCACAGCUUUUGGGGUCUGGAGGCCAUCGCCGUUGACUAUGUUCGCGCAUCGAUGUUCGGCCCAAUCAUCCCCAAAAUUGCCAUCGCUUUAGUUUACAUUAUCUCCAUCGCGACCCUCGGAGGUCUCUUCUACCUCAUCAGCAAUGAUGUUGGACUCGCCAACGCCAUCAAGCAAUUCUGGGGGGUGAAGUCUAAGCAGAAUGCGUAAAACCGUUGCUUAGAUGUUGGUUGAUUUUUAACAAUGGCAACUUUGUUGUGCGGGACAUGGUGCUGCAACUGUCACAUUUUGACUGUUUAAGAUUAAAUAUAUUGGCAGUCAUCUUGUGUAAUAUAGUACAAAUGUGUAGUUCAUUUAUAAUCCCAACGAUGCAGUUUAAGAUGUUGUUUUUGCAAUUAACUUUGAAAUUGACCAACGUCUAAAGUGUUUAAUUGUUUUAGUUCAAUGAAUGUAUUGAGAUUUGUUUUCGCCUAAUUGUGGUCUUAACGGUCUGUAAAAAACAGUACUUAACGCAAAAUUAAUAAAAUGGAUUAUGUUUGUCAUGAAAUGAUCAAAAUUGACUGUGUGACAGUAUUUUUUGGUAUUAUUCAUUUAAAAAUUGGACUUAGCAUGCUGUAUGUAUCUUGUUUUAAUUUAUUGAUAGUGUAAUAAAUAUGUUAAUAGUU